CUACCUUUCUGGCUUCAGGUAAGGCUAUCUGUAGAUGUCUUCUCCUAGCCCAGCUUCUCUCCAUUCUAUUUGAAGGAGGUGAGAGAGAAAAUUAAGACCUCAAACCUGAGGUCAGACCUGGAUUUGAGUCAUUAUUCUGCUGAUGAUUGUCUUCAUGAUCUUGGGACAGCAGACAUCAGAGACAGAGAGGAAAACUCAGGGGGCCAACCUGACUUGUCUUUGGGCAGGUGUUCUCUAGACCAGAAGUAGCUGUGAAGAGCAAAGGCAUGGGGCAGCCAUCUCUGACUUGGAUGCUGAUGGUGGUAGUGGCCUCUUGGUUCAUCACAGCUGCAGCCACUGACACCUCGGAAACAAGAUGGUGCUCCGAAUGUCACAGCAAUGCCACCUGCUUGGAGGAUGGGGCUGUCACGACGUGCACCUGCCAGGAGGGCUUCACUGGGGAUGGCCUGACCUGUGUGGACCUGGAUGAGUGCGCCAUUCCGGGGGCUCACAACUGCUCGACCAACAGCAGCUGCGUAAAUACGCCAGGCUCCUUCUCCUGCGUCUGCCCCGAAGGCUUCCGCCUGACGCCCAGGCUGGGCUGCACAGACGUGGAUGAGUGCACGGAACCUGGGCUUAGCCACUGCCACGCCCUGGCCACGUGUGUCAAUGGGAUGGGCAACUACUCCUGCGUGUGCCCUGCGGGCUACUGGGGGGAUGGGUGGCACUGUGAGUGUUCCCCAGGCUCCUGCGGGCCAGGGCUGGACUGCGUGCCCGAGGGCGACACGCUCGUGUGCGCGGAUCCGUGUCAGGCGCACCGCAUCCUGGACGAGUACUGGCGUAGCACCGAGUAUGGGGUGGGCUACGCCUGCGACACGGACCUGCGCGGCUGGUACCGCUUCGUGGGCCAGGGCGGCGUGCGCCUGGCUGAGACCUGCGUGCCCGUCCUGCGCUGCAGCACGGCCGCCCCCAUGUGGCUCAAUGGCACGCAUCCCUCCAGCGACGAAGGCAUCGUGAGCCGCACGGCCUGCGCUCACUGGAGCGACCAUUGCUGCCUGUGGGAUGCAUCAGUCCAGGUGAAGGCCUGCGCCGGCGGCUACUACGUCUACAACCUGACAGCGCCCCCCGAGUGUCACCUGGCGUACUGCACAGACCCCAGCUCCGUGGAGGGAACGUGUGAGGAGUGCGGUAUAGAUGAGGACUGCAAAUCGGAUAACGGCAGGUGGCACUGCCAGUGCAAACAGGACUUCAACAUCACUGAUAUCUCCCUCCUGGAGCACAGGCUGGAAUGUGGGGCCAAUGACAUGAAGGUGUCCCUGGGCAAGUGCCAGCUGAAGAGUCUGGGCUUCGAGGAGGUCUUCAUGUACCUGAGUGACAGCCGGUGCUCAGGCUUCAGUGACAGAGACAACCGGGACUGGAUGUCCGUAGUGACCCCAGCCCGGGAUGGCCCUUGUGGGACAGUGUUGACGAGGAAUGAAACCCAUGCCACUUACAGCAACACCCUCUACCUGGCAGAUGAGAUCAUCAUCCGUGACCGCAAUAUCAAAAUCAACUUUGCAUGCUCCUACCCCCUGGACAUGAAAGUCAGCCUGAAGAACUCCCUGCAGCCAAUGGUCAGUGCCCUGAACAUCAGAGUGGGCGGGACAGGCAUGUUCACUGUGCGGAUGGCCCUCUUCCAGAACCCUUCCUACAUGCAGCCCUACCAAGGCUCCUCCGUGACGCUGUCCACUGAGGAUUUUCUCUAUGUGGGCACCAUGUUGGAUGGGGGAGACCUGUCCCGAUUUGCACUGCUCAUGACCAACUGCUAUGCCACACCCAGUGGCAAUGCCACGGACCCCCUGAAGUAUUUCAUCAUCCAGGACAGAUGCCCACACACUAAAGACUCAACUAUCCAAGUGGUGGAGAACGGGGAGUCCUCCCAGGGCCGAUUUUCCGUCCAGAUGUUCCGGUUUGCUGGAAACUACAACCUAGUCUACCUGCACUGUGAAGUCUAUCUCUGUGACACCGUGAAUGAAAAGUGCAAGCCUACCUGCUCUGGGACCAGAUUCAGAAGUGGGAGUGUCAUAGAGCAAUCCCGUGUCCUGAACUUGGGUCCCAUCACACGGAAAGGUGUCCAGGCCACAGUCUCAAGGGCUGCUUUUAGCAGCUUGGGGCUCCUGAAAGUCUGGCUGUCUCUGCUUCUCUCCACCACCUUGACCCUGACAUUUCAGUGACUAACAGCAGAAAGCCCUAUGCUCCAUGGCUGCCAGCUCACAUCCUGCUGGGCAGAGGGCAUGAUGCAGGCCAGCGCUCCAGCCACAGAAAAGGGAGUUUAUGCUUUGGUCAGCUUGCCUUCUUUUCUCCCCCUUAAUCCUGGCUGUUAAGAAACAGCCUGUGUCUUUACAUGCUGCUUUCUCUCAAAAUGGAACUUGUGAUGGUAUACCCUGAGGCCCCUGUCUCCUAAGAGAAUGUGGCAAAAUAAUGAUUUUUAAUCUC